AUGAUAUUUUCUUCUUUGUUUUUGCUUUUCUUUGCAGGGGAGUACUUGGGUCUAACUGGAGAAAAGCUCAAUGGUGUAGAGAUGAUUGCUUGUGGCCUUGCUACACACUAUACCCUGAAUGCAAGGCUUGCUUGGAUUGAAGAACGCCUUGGUAAAUUGAUCACAGAUGAUCCUUCUGUCAUAGAGAAUUCUCUUGCACAAUAUGGUGACCUUGUGUACCCAGAUACAAGGAGUGUUCUUUAUAGACAGUCAAAAUUUUCAAAUGGACGUAUUGAGGAUCCAGUUGACUGCCAUCAACAAGCACCACAAGGUUCUAGCAUAUUUAGGCCAUCCCACUGCCACUUUCAUCAACAUAUUGCUCAGGACAAUCCCCAUUUACGGAUUCAAACAAUUGAUAAAUGUUUUUGCCAUGACACAGUUGAGGAAAUUACGGAUGCUCUGGAAAAAGAGGUUGCGGAAUCUUACGAUGAUUGGUGUUCUAAAGCCCUCAAGAAACUAAAAGAAGCCUCCCCAUUGAGCUUGAAGGUCACUUUGCAAUCUAUUCGAGAAGGUAGGUUUCAGCCCCUGGAUCAGUGUCUUGCUCGUGAAUAUCGGAUGUCCCUUAAUUGGAUCUCCAAAAUGGUUUCUAAUGACUUCUGUGAGGGUGUUCGUGCAAGAUUAGUUGACAAAGACUUUGCUCCGAAGUGGGAUCCACCGAGCUUAAGUGAAGUAACCAAGGACAUGGUUGACUGUUAUUUUGCUCCACUUUCUGAACUUGAGCCUGAGCUAAACCUGCCCACGGCAUUGCGAGAACCUUCCAUGUGAUGCUAAUCCUACAAUCAAUUUCAAGUUGAGGAUUUUCAAAAUUUUCGAGUUCUUGACUGUGCUGUGGGGGAUGGUUUGGACUAUAAAGGUGCAUGCAUGUUGUAAUAGUCUGCCAUUGUAGAAGUUACCUUCCGUAGACUCUUUUUCUUGGUUGCAUAUGUUUCAGUUACACAAAAUAUAAAGCAAGGGGUCAGUUCGGAUUAGGGAUGCAACUUGGGCAAGCCACCCCGAACGCAACCCAGAACAUUCAGUACUUGAACAUAGAUUAAGGCUGUUGCACACAUCCUUCACUCCCCAAACUUCUCUCUCUCUCACUCCCUCUCUC